GGGGGCUGCCGGGAGUUGUAGUCCCGGCCCGGCGGAGGCCUCGCCUUCCCGGCGUCCCCCGCGGCGCCCGACGGUCAUGGCGGCGGCGGGGCGGCGCUGAGGCCUGGGCCUGCAGGCGGCGGCGGCGAUGGCUGGGGAACUGGCAGACAAGAAGGACCGGGACGCAUCCCCUGCCAAAGAGGAGAGGAAGCGCUCCCGCUCCCCGGACAGGGACCGGGAACGCGACCGGGACCGUGACCGGGACCGCAAGGCUUCCCCCUCCAAGGACAGGAAGCGGCACCGGUCCCGGGACAGGAGACGAGGCAGCCGGUCGCGGUCCCGCUCCCGGUCCAAGUCGACAGAGAGGGACCGCCGGCACAAAGAGCGUGACCGGGACCGGAACAAGAAGGACCGGGACCGGGAGAAGGAUGGGCACCGGCGAGACAAGGACAGGAAGCGAUCGAGUUUGUCCCCGACCAGGGGGAAGGACUCAAAGUCCCGGAAGGAGCGGGACUCGCGGAAAGCAGAGGAGGAGGAGGAGAAUGCCCUGAAGAAGGAGAAGGCCCAGCCGCUGUCCUUGGAGGAGCUGCUGGCUAAGAAGAAGGCUGAGGAGGAGGCAGAAGCCAAGCCCAAGUUCCUGUCCAAGGCGGAGCGGGAGGCCGAAGCCCUGCGACGGCGGCAGCAGGAGGUGGAGGAGCGGCAGCGGCUGCUGGAGGAGGAGAGGAAGAAGAGGAAGCAGUUCCAGGAGAUGGGGAGGAAGAUGCUAGACCCCCAGGAGCGUGAGCGCAGGGAGCGCCGCGAGCGCAUGGAGCGGGAGACCAACGGCACGGAGGACGAGGAGGGGAGGCAGAAGAUUCGGGAGGAGAAAGACAAAAGCAAAGAGCUCCACGCCAUCAAGGAGCGUUACCUGGGAGGAGUGAAGAAGCGGAGACGCACGCGGCACCUUAACGACCGCAAAUUCGUCUUCGAGUGGGACGCGUCGGAAGACACAUCUAUUGAUUACAACCCCUUGUACAAGGAGCGGCACCAAGUGCAGCUGCUGGGCCGGGGCUUCAUCGCGGGGAUUGACCUGAAGCAGCAGAAACGGGAACAGUCACGUUUCUAUGGGGAUCUAAUGGAGAAGAGGCGGACACUGGAGGAGAAGGAGCAGGAGGAGGCUCGGCUGCGGAAGCUGCGGAAGAAGGAGGCCAAGCAGCGCUGGGACGACCGGCACUGGUCCCAGAAGAAGCUGGAUGAGAUGACGGACAGAGACUGGCGCAUUUUCCGCGAGGACUACAGCAUCACCACCAAGGGCGGCAAGAUUCCCAACCCCAUCCGCUCCUGGAAGGAUUCCUCCCUGCCCCCCCACAUCCUGGAGGUCAUCGACAAGUGCGGCUACAAGGAGCCCACCCCCAUCCAGCGCCAGGCGAUCCCCAUCGGCUUGCAGAACCGCGACAUCAUCGGCGUGGCCGAGACCGGCAGCGGCAAAACGGCGGCUUUCCUCAUCCCGCUGCUGGUGUGGAUCACCACCCUGCCCAAGAUCGAUCGGAUUGAGGAAUCGGACCAGGGUCCCUACGCCAUCAUCCUGGCCCCGACCCGAGAGCUGGCCCAGCAGAUUGAGGAGGAAACCAUCAAAUUUGGGAAGCCUCUGGGCAUCCGCACAGUGGCUGUGAUCGGAGGCAUCUCCCGCGAGGACCAAGGCUUCCGCCUUCGCAUGGGCUGUGAGAUUGUCAUCGCCACGCCAGGGCGUCUCAUCGACGUGCUGGAGAACCGGUACCUGGUGUUGAGCCGCUGCACUUACGUGGUGCUGGAUGAGGCAGAUCGUAUGAUUGACAUGGGCUUCGAGCCCGAUGUGCAGAAGAUCCUGGAGCACAUGCCCGUCACCAACCAAAAACCUGACACUGACGAGGCUGAGGACCCUGAGAAGAUGUUGGCCAACUUUGAGUCGGGGAAACACAAGUACAGACAGACCGUCAUGUUCACAGCCACCAUGCCGCCAGCGGUGGAGCGCCUGGCCCGCAGCUACCUCCGUCGUCCGGCUGUGGUCUACAUCGGCUCUGCUGGCAAACCCCACGAGCGGGUGGAGCAGAAGGUCUUCCUCAUGUCGGAGUCAGAGAAGAGGAAGAAGCUGUUAGCCAUUCUGGAACAGGGCUUCGACCCACCCAUCAUCAUCUUCGUCAACCAGAAGAAGGGCUGCGACGUGCUGGCCAAGUCCCUGGAGAAGAUGGGGUACAACGCUUGCACCCUGCACGGCGGCAAAGGCCAGGAGCAGCGAGAGUUUGCCCUCUCCAACUUAAAGGCCGGGGCCAAGGACAUUCUGGUGGCCACGGACGUGGCCGGCCGCGGUAUCGACAUCCACGACGUCUCCAUGGUCGUCAACUACGACAUGGCCAAGAAUAUCGAGGAUUACAUCCACCGCAUCGGGCGGACGGGCCGAGCGGGGAAGAGCGGCGUCGCCAUCACCUUCCUCACCAAGGAGGACUCCACCGUCUUCUACGACCUGAAGCAGGCCAUCCUGGAGAGCCCCGUCUCCUCCUGCCCUCCCGAGCUGGCCAACCACCCCGAUGCCCAGCACAAGCCCGGCACCAUCCUCACCAAGAAGCGGCGGGAGGAGACCAUCUUCGCCUGAGUCCCUGGGGCCGCUGUCGCCCUCUCAGUCACCCCUUUGGGGACGACGGGACCAGCGGGGCUGGGGCCUGCCGGGACUUUUCUGGCCUCUCUUUUCCCAGAGCCCCAGGCCCCUGCGCAGCCAGGACUGCCAACGACAGCCGCUGGGGCUGGGACUGUCCCAAAACGUCCCCCCUCUUCUCCCAGUCCCCCUCCCCACCUUCCCCACGGACCGCUGGAGCUGCUGAAGGCUGUUUGGGGGCAGGUUCUUCCCUGCCCGUGAGGUGCCAGGGCCGGGGCAGGGCCGGCGCUGGGCUGGUGCAGGUUUUUAGGCAGGGCUGUCCCAGGAGCCGCGUUCACUUCAUCCCUUUUCUAGCUAAAAC